CUGCAGACAGAGAAGAGCUUUGUACGUUUCCUCAUUCGCAGUUGAGCUGUCUUGCUAUCUCUCUGCAGUAUUUCAGACAACAUGAACUUGCAGUGGCUCAUUUUUAUUCUAUUUUGCACAUUCUAUGAGCAGUUUUUUUGCAGUAUUGAAGAGGAUGUAAAAAUGGCACUCGCAACUGAUCGGAAAGACACAGACAUGGAGAUCUUCCAACGCAAAGAGUUUUGCCACUGGCCCUGCAACUGCUCACACAAGCGCACCUGUCCAUUGGGAGUGAGUCUUGUUAAAGAUGGCUGCGGAUGUUGUAAAAUCUGUGCUAAACAGUUAGGGGAAGUCUGUAAUGAAGCAGAUGUGUGUGAUCACCACAAGGGGCUCUAUUGUGACUAUUCUGCUGACAAGCCCAAAUUUGAAGUUGGAGUUUGUAAAUAUAUGCUAGCAGUUGGUUGUGAGCUCAAUGGAGUACUUUACAAAAAUGGCCAAUCAUUCCAACCCCACCCAUAUUAUCUGUGCCUCUGUAUAAGUGACACAAUCGGGUGUACCCCUUUGCUGACUUCAAAACAUGGAGAAAGCCAUUGUGUAGAGUCUACUAUUCAUGCAAAAAAAUCUGAACAAUCAAACUGUGCCCUAGAGAAAGAUCUUCAGUUGACUGAACGUACAUUUGUUCCAAUUUACAAGAUCUUACCCCUUGUUUGGAAAAGAAAAUGUCUUGUUCAAGCAACUAAGUGGAGCCCUUGUUCAAAAACCUGCGGUAUGGGAAUUUCUAUUAGAGUAACCAAUGAAAACAGCAAUUGUGAAAUGAGAAAGGAAAAAAGACUUUGUUACCUACGGCCAUGUAAUUCCACCUUACUGGACAAUGUGAAGAUUCCCAAAGGGAAAACCUGUCAGCCUACAUUCCAGGCACCGCAACCAAUGAAAUUUGUUUUAUCUGAGUGUUCAUCGACACGGAAUUACAAGCCCAAAUUUUGUGGAGUAUGCAAAGAUCGAAGGUGCUGCAUCCCCAACAAGUCUAAAAUGAUAACUGUUCAAUUCCAUUGUCCAAACGAAGGCUCUUUCUCAUGGAGAAUGAUGUGGAUCACAUCUUGCGUUUGUCAGAAAAUGUGCAUUGAUCCUGGAGAUUUAUUUUCUCACAUAAAAAUGUUGUGAAUAUUAUGGACUGCCAUCUAAGAAUAAGAUAUUUUUGUCACCAAUCAUGUGUUUCAUUACUACCUGUCCUGUGCAUAUGGGCAUCAUUUUCUCCUUUUCCAUUUUGAGAUAUUAUGCGUGUAUAGCCAACAGACUUGUCUAAUUCCUUAAAGGGACAUAAAACCCAAUUUGUUUUCUUUCAUGAUUCAGAUAAAACAUACAAUUUUAAACAACUUUCCAAUUCA